UAAGCCCGCCAAAAAGUAGUCACGUGGUCGACCGCACGCGUGCACUAUUUCGCGAUAAGAUUUAUUCUUUCGUUAUAUUGCAAUUGAUAUAUUGAAUCUUUUUAAACUAGAAACGCGCGACAUACAAUGAUACAUAAAAUUAAUGCUUCCAAAAUAGCAUUUAGCAAUAUAUCCAAUCGUUAAAUGACUAAAUUUGCGCGAGGUUACAUGAAGAUCGCGUCGUAUCAUAACGAAGUAAUGAACGAAAUGAAAAUAAAACAGGGCAGUAUUACUUGUUUACGUACAGAGCUGAAUCUUGCCCUCACUUUGCAUGGUGGUCAAAGUUUUAGAUGGACAGAUUGUGAUGAUGGAUAUAAAGGUGUCUUUGAUGGGUGCAUUUGGACUUUGUCACAAAAUGAAACUCAUUUAUCAUAUACUGUACAAGGAAAGUUAAAGACUUCUGUGAACUAUGAUAAUAUUCUGUCUGACUACCUCAGGUUAGCAAUAUCAUUGAAGGAACAUUACGAAAAAUGGGCAGAAGCCGACACACAUUUUCAGAAAUGUCUAGAUGAAAAUAAUGCUGUGCGAAUACUAAAGCAAGAUGUUGUAGAGACUCUAUUUUCAUUUAUAUGUAGCUCUAAUAAUAAUAUAUCAAGGAUAUCAAGCAUGGUUGAAAAAUUAUGUUUGUUAUUUGGUCAGAAGAUAUGCUCAAUUGAAGAUAAAGAAUAUUACGAUUUCCCAACAAUAGAAGCUUUGAAGGAAAAGAAUGUAGAAAGUAUACUUAAAAGGGAAAAAUUUGGUUAUCGUGCUGCAUACAUAGUUAAAACAGCAGAACGUUUAUCAACAUUGGGUGGAAGAAACUGGCUUCUAAAUCUAAAAAGAGAAAAUAAUGUUUCUUACCAGACUGCUAGAGAACAACUGAUGACUUUGCCAGGAAUCGGUCCCAAAGUUGCCGAUUGUAUAUGUCUAAUGUCAUUAGGUCACUUAGAUUCCAUACCUGUCGAUACUCACAUCUUUCAAAUAGCACAGGCAAAUUAUUUGCCACACUUGAGAAAGCAGAAGACAGUGACUCCAAAAAUUCACACUGAAGUCAGUAAUUAUUUACGAGAAUUAUGGGGUCCAUUAGCUGGAUGGGCACAAGCUAUUGUAUUUUCUGCAAAAAUUAAUACCAAAUCUAAGUUAAUUGGAAAGCAAAAAUGUAAAAAUGAAGAUUUUAUACAAGCAAAAGUACUUAAGGAAAAAUAA